AUGUGGGUUAGGGGGAGGAAAGCUGCUAUAACCCCUUUGGAGAAAAACCAGAAGCUCACUAGUUUGGAGUAUGGCAAGUUGUUUGAACUUGACAAUGAUAAAGAAAUGGAAGAUAGGAGACCUUAUCAGAGAUUGAUGGGAAGACUACUCUAUAUGGCAAUCACACGGCCAGACAUAUCCGUUGCAGUUCAAACUUUGAGUCAGUUUAUGCAUGCCCCAAAAGAGUCACACUAUGAGGCUGCAUUAAGGGUGGCUAAAUAUGUGAAAAAUCAACCAGGCUUAGGACUUUUGAUGAGCAGCAGCAAGUCCAGGAAGAUCACUGCCUUUUGUGAUGCUGAUUGGGCAUAUUGUAUGGUGUCUAGAAAAUUUGUUACUGGUUUCUGCAUAAAGCUGGGAGAGUCACUAAUUAUCUGGAGGUCCAAGAAGUAG